GAUAAAUUACGCACAUUUUUGUUAUGUAAGUACUCACAAACAGGUGAUGUUUUAUUGUAAACACAAAUACUGUUUUUCACGGUAUGCUCGUCAAAUUAUUAGGCAAUCUAUUAAGCUCCCCGUCAAACUGUGCACUUCAACCACGGGUAAAACACAGGAAAAUAUGUGGUAAAUUUGAAUGUAGGGUUCUUGUAAUUCUAAUUUUUUCAGUUGUCUGAUAAGUCAGAAAUGACGCGGGUAACUGUUGUAUAAGACUAAAAUGGCAUGGGUUAUACUCUUCAAAUGUUCAGAUUAACUGCGAUCUUCAAUAACAUAAACAUCUGACUUAGCUAGCGUUACUUUGCUAACUAGUAACAAGUCAAACAUGCUAGCAACGGAUAUACACGUCUGUAGCUUCCCGUAAUUGACAGGUUUAGGUAAAUUAGGUAGAACUUUUUAUGUACACAUGAAUUGACUUAGACCAAACACCGCAUAACUAGACAGUGGCAAUGCCUUUCACGGCGAAACGAUGUGGAGUGAAUUUUAGCCCACCUUCAGUCGUGGUUAUUUACGAGGACAAGGACACCGGCAGGAAGAGAAAACGCGUUAUUCCAGUGAGAAAUUUCUCACAGUUUUCAGAUUGCAGCAAGGCUGCAGAACGGCUGAAACACAAUGCUCGUCACAGAGACUACCUGGAGAGUGUAUCCUUGAGCCAGCUAGAGAAGCUUCAUUUACUCCUGCGUGACCACCUGCGGGGGCUCACUCUAGAACAGAGCUUGGCUGCUUUGCGAGAUGAAGAUCCAAACGAGGAAGACCUCAAUAAGCUAAGCGACGAGGAUCUUGCGCAAAGGAAAGCUCAAAUGGACGCAGUCUUUGAACGCAACAGAAAGCAGAAGGGAGACCCAGACUUUGUUUAUGAUGUAGAAGUGGAGUUUACAGAGGUAGAGAGUCAGGGUGCCUGCAGCUGGGAUAAUGAUGGAUCUGAUGAUGGUUUUUAGCUGGCAUGAAAUUGGAAUUUUCAUCUUACUGAAAGCGGUUUUAUUAAGUUGCUUUGCUAUAAAAAAAAGUUUCAUAAAAGUUCAGUUUCAAUUAUUAUUAUUAUAGGAAAACCUAUUUUCUACUGUCUGUAGGGAAAACAAGGCUUAUUAACUUUUAACGGACUGUUCCAUCAAUUUUUAACUGUAUGAUAAAAUACUCUUAACCCUGUCAUUUAUUUUAAUUAGAAGGCAACUAUGCCUAGGUGAUCAAGUGGAAUUGAAUUGAAUCAGAUUGUCAAGCUAUGUAGUAUACAAAUAAAACCACAAUGCUAUAUCAAA